AUGGCCGACGGUGAUGAAGCUAGUCACACCCCAUCUAACGACAAUCAAACGUUAGCCCAGCAACGACUUGACGAUAGAAAGUCUGAAGAUGAUAAAAGUAAAGGUAAGGAGAAAGAAACGGGUGACACCUCAAAACCCAAAACCGACCGAGUCUCUUUUAAAACCUUUCGUGGUAGCGGUGCUAUUGAGUUCUUUGGGAAGAUUGAUCCAUUAGAGGCACUUGAAUGGAUAUUGAAUACUGAGAAGGUCUUUCGCAUCACCCGAGUGUUAUGUGAUGAUAAAGUGAAUUAUGCCACGACCAUGUUCAAAAAUAGGGCCUUGAUAUGGUGGAAUGCUACUUUUGCAGCUUUAGGUGAAACUGAAAAAGAAGAACAGGAACGUGUAGACCACUUUAUAGACGGAUUGCGAUCAGAGAUUCGAGAUGUCGUCGCCAAUCGUGACAUUUUAGAGUUUGAGAAAGCAGUGGAAUCUGCACGACGACGCAAACACAAUUUGACCCGCUUGGAUCGUAAUCCAGCUCCGCCAGCCAAGCGACCUCGAAUUGAAGCUUAUAGCCUUCAGUCAAAUGCUCCUCCACCCUGUUCUACCUGUGGUAAAGCUCAUCAGGGUCUAUGCAACACUGUUCGCCCUGAAGUUAGAUGUCAUGGUUGUGGUGAAGUUGGACACGUGAGAUCGAACUGCCCGAGGAGGGAUAUGACAUGCUACUCAUGUGGUGCUAUAGGCCAUCGUCAGAGAGAAUGCCCUCGAUCUAAACCUGCGGAAAGUAAAGCUUAUGUUCACCGACCUUCUACUAGUGGUGCUCCUCAUCAAAAGGAGGAGGUACCGCGUAUCCAGGCCAAAGCUUUUCAAAUCACUGCUGAGGAAGCUCGAGAUAAACCGGAUGUGGUUAUGGCUGAUAAAGUUUACAAAGAUUGUGUGUUGCAAUUAGAUGAGCAUGAGUUUUUCGUAGAUCUUGUAUCGAUGGAUAUCCAUAGCUUUGAUAUAAUUAUUGGUAUGGAUUGGUUGGCUAAGAAUCGGGCUGAUAUUUUGUGUUUUCAACGCAUAAUCCGUAUACCGAACAACGUCGACUAUUUAUAUGUUUACGGUGAAAAGCGUAAAGGGGACGUAAAGAAAACGGUUAGUGACGUAUCGGUUGUGUGUGAAUUUCCGGAUGUAUUUCCCGAGGACUUACCCAGUUUACCUCCUGAUAGACAAGUUGAAUUUCCAAUUGACUUAAUUCCUGGUGCAAUGCUGAUUGCUAGGAUGCUGUAUCAUCUGGCUCCGGCUAAAAUGAAAGAAAUGAAGAAUCAACUGCAAGAACUUCUCGAUAAAGCAUUCAUGGAUAUGAUGAAUCGCGUGUGCCGGCCAAUGUUGGACAAAUAUGUGAUCGUGUUUAUAGACGAUAUUCUUGUAUAUUCCAAAUCUGAAGCGGAUCACGUGAAGCAUUUGUGUGAGAUGCUUGAAACACUUCGACAAGAGCGUUUAUAUGCUAAAUUUUCGAAAUGUGAAUUUUGGCUACGUCAGAUUCAUCUCAUUUGGAUAUUGGUUUCUAAUUCAGACUUGUUCAAUUUGAUUGCUCCUUAUCUUGCAGAAUCUGUUUGA